AUGGGUAUAUUCAAGAAACUCAAGAAGGCCCUGACGCCCGGGAAACAGUCCAAGGACAAAUACACGGAUAGUAGCAGCGACGAUGCCGUCCGCCGCCAGUCCCGCCAGUCCCGGCGCCGGCAGUCGUCCAUAUACACAGUGGACUACAAUGACUUGCCGGACGAGCAAGGCAACCGCACUCGCCCGUCGCGCCGCCAGUCGCCGUCCACACCUGUACCACAGUACCCGACCGCCACCCGAUCCACGACAAACUUUGAGCACCUCUACAGGUACGGGUCCCCGUACACCUCCCGGCGAUUCGAUCGCACCACGUCCAGCAAGCCCACGAACCCCCACCUCGUAGCCCGGGUCCGACCGUCCGACAUCCGCCUGCGUGAGACGCCCCGCCUAAUCCUGACCACCCUCAGCGACUCUCUGGAUGCCCCGGUAUCCAGUGGCCACCUCGACAUGGGCAUGUUUAGGAACCGGUCCACGCAGAGUGUGCUCUGGUAG